GACGCUUAUAUCCAGUCGGAGACUUACAAUAAGUAGCUUCUGUGGAUCCUGGAAGUCUUGAAAAAAGCCUUAAAGAGGAGCAUUCAGAUGGUGGAGGAGUCUCUGAAUGUUUAUAGAAAUCACACACAUCAGUAACCCACGGAAGCCCAUUUCCGCCACAUAAAUAAAUAAAAAGGGUUAGAAAGUCGAAAUUAUGAUAUAAAUGUUGCUGAUUCCUGAUAAGAAAGUUGAAAUUAUGGUAUUAUUUAGAUCUGGGCAUCCACAUAAUCCUUUUGUUGUAUGUGCGCUGCACAUGUUGAGUGAAUAUCAAUAAUUAAGUGUAUUCAAAUCUGUUGGCUGAUAAAAAUAAGUAAAUAAAUGCAUAAAUAAGUAAGUACAUAAAUAAAUAAAUGACCACACUCAUUACAACAGAAGGAGGCUUCUUCGGCCUCACAGAUAGACCGAAAAAUACAUCCAUCUGAAAAGCUCCCCGCUGUGACAGACAGAUCCAAAUAUCUGAAGUAGCUUCUCUUCCGCCUUCCUCCUCCACCUGCUCCGCCCCCUGCAGGGUGGCGCUUUCCUCUACCCGGACACCGGAGAUUGAUUCGGAUUAAAUGGCGUCAUAGUUGGACUUUGAAGUUGUUUCGUCGACACGUAUUGACAAUCAUUUCUGGUGUGGAAACCGAUUCGGUGUCCAUCGGCGUGAUGAGCCAGCAGCCCCGUCCAAAGCGGGGACACCGGGAGAGAAACGGGGACCACCGACACGACCGGGACCCCCCCGGGAACAGGCGUCCCUCCCCCGACAGCAGGUCUUCCUCUCGGCCCCCCUACUACGCCAGCGAGGCAGACUCCCCCCCCGACCGUGCGCGCGAAGCCCCUCGAGUGGAGCACCGCGAGUCCAAAUGCACACACAUUUGCUCCCGGAGAGGCAUCGUGCUGAUCUGCGCCGUACUAACCAACGCCCUGGUGCUGAUCUGCGUGGUCGCGGCCCAGAUGGUGACGUCAGGACUGUCCGCCAUGGGCGGUUUGGGCGGCUUCGACAUCAACUCCAACUUUAACCUGCAGGGCACCGAGCUGCAGAAGGCGCGCGAGCUGGACAGCAAGUACAGCCAGAUGAGGGCGCCGGGCAUCUACGGCGGCAUCGCCUUCAGCCUCACCGCCGGCGUCCUCUCGCUGCUGUUCGUGGUGGCCGGGAACAAGCCGCCCCACCGCAUGUCCCGGAAGCUUCUGUACGCGGCGCUGGCGUUUCAGGCGGUGGGGGCGGCGGCGUACGUGGCGGCCGUGGGGCUUUACCUGCACUUCGUCAUCACCGUCAACUCCUCAGAUGUGUGCGUGGAGCGCGAGAGGAUCUACGCCCGCGGCGGCUACACCUGGAUGAGCUGCGACGUGGGCGGGGCCGACGCGGCCGUGGCUCUGUUCGGCCUCAUCACGGCCAUCCUCUACGCCGCCGGCGCCGCGCUCACCUUCCAGACCAUCCGAGGGGUGAGGCGCUACCUGCAGGAGCGGAAACGCCGGGAGGCGGAGAAGCAGCGGGCCCGGGCCAACCCGCAGAGGGCGCCGCUGAGGGCCGACACCACGGCGGUGUGAGACGCCACGCGGCGGCGGCGGACACCCGGUCGCAUGGGUGGGCCGCUGACGUGGCCCAGGGGUGGCUGGCAUCAUGGGACGCUGACCACAGGGAGGGAUCGCCAUGGAAACCCAGAGUACGGGCUGUUACGUUGCCCACCGACCGAUCGCAUCCCCGAUUAAAGAUUAAAGCGGAGCACCGGGGCCGCAGACAGCCGCGGGUUUCGGGGCUCUGCGGUGCUCCGUGAUAACCGUGUCUGAGAUAGAAGACUCUUUUUCUUCGCCCGUCAUUUGUCAAGUUGAACUGAAAGAAAGUUUACCGUCUUCUGACUUUAAUGAAGCUUCUAUCUGCCUGUUGUUUCUUUCUUGCUUAUUCCAUCGCUGCCGCUGAGGACGACGUGACGUUGAGUCCUCAAGCGCUUUAGAUUCUAUCAGAUGAAUGGCUUUGAAAAAGAGCCCAGUAAAUAAAGUCAAUCUUUAUCAGGACCAAAUCUACCCUGACCUAUGAGGACAACAUCUUGGUACUUUGUUGCUGCGUAUCACUGUGUCGUCCACUCGUGGCUCUGAUGGAGUUGUGCGUCAUCGGCUCUUCGUUGUGUGUGUGAAUGUGCUUGUUGCUGAGCAGUUAAUCACCAGCUGCUUCGGCUUCACUUACGUUGGAUCAUGGAAGAUAAUUCCAGGAUUUAUGUACAUGGUUUUUAACGUGUGUAAUUAUUGUUUUUAAUAUCAAAGUCCGACUUUUAAGAUGCCACCUUUUUUUUUUUUUUUAAAUACUGAUGCUGUACAAGAAUGUAACGACUCAAAUUAAACCUCCACCAAGGUGA